AUGUGUUUGGGGUCGGAAACAGGGGCUAAGGAGUUAAAGGUGCGUUUUCUGUUGGCGGAAGCUGAAACUUCAUAUAAUGUGCUGCUGGGGCGGCCUUGUUUGAACGAAUUUGGAGUAAUAGUAUCCACUCCACAUUUAACAAUGAAGUAUCCGGCGGAUGACGGUAAGGUGUGGAUCGUUCGGGCGGAUCAGAAGGUGGCAAGGGAGUGCUAUGCGGCAGAAUUGAAGGUCAAGCCGCCAGGACAUCGAAUGGGAGAAGCACGGUCCGAGGUAGCUAUGGCAGAGUUAGAUCCAAGGGAGGAUACGGACGAACGGAUAGAGCCGAUGGGUGAGGUGCAACCUUUUCCUUUGGGAGAAGCGGACCAAACAACCAUGGUCGGUCGGGAGUUACACGAGGGAGAAACGGCGAGGUUGGGAAAUUUGUUGGUUAGGAAUAAGGACUUGUUUGCAUGGACGACGUUCGACAUGCCGGGAAUCCAUCCCGAUAUAAUUUCGCACAAGUUAUCGGUGUUUCGAGAUGCCAAGCUGGUGUCUCAAAGGAAGAGACGACUUGGAAUAGAGAAGAGGAGGGCAGUGGACGAAGAGGUGGGGAAGUUGUUCGAAGCUGGAUUUAUAAGGGAGGUCAGGUAUACCACUUGGUUGUCCAAUGUGGUUAUGGUAAAAAAGUCGAACGGGAAAUGGAGGAUGUGCACAGAUUUCACGGAUCUCAACAAAGCCUGCCCGAAGGAUACGUAUUCUUUGCCAAAUAUUGAUGCAUUGGUGGAUGGGGUGUCAGAGUAUGAGAUAAUGAGUUUCUUGGAUGCAUACUCGGGAUACAAUCAAAUACCCAUGUACUAG